CCGGUCACUGGCGGCAUUAGUACAUCCGGGUGAUUCCAGUGACCUUGGAUGAUUGGUUGUGAGAAUCAUGGCGGCUCUUGUCCGUAUAAGUUCUGUUUGCCACAGAGGUGUCAGCCCUCUGUUAUUUCGCUCUUCCUCCCUCAUCAGACCCUUGGCCGUACAGAACAAGGAUCGUGAUUGUCCAUACUUAAUAUCAGCAAAGAUACAUGCUACUCCAUCCAACUAUGCGGGCUCUGGGUCCAAAGCUGCUUCUCUGCACUGGACAGGAGAGCGGAUCCUGAGCAUAGUUCUUCUGGGCUUGGCACCCGUUGCAUACUAUUACCCCGGCCCUGCUGUUGACUACUCUUUAGCAGCUGCACUUACUCUACACGGUCACUGGGGUCUUGGCCAGGUUGUGACAGAUUACGUUCAUGGAGACUUUAAAGUCAAGAUGGCUAAUGCUGGCCUCUUCCUUCUGUCGACCGUCACCUUCGCCGGCCUGUGCUACUUCAACUACCAUGACGUGGGGAUUUGUAAAGCUGUGGCCCUUUUGUGGAGUAAAUGACUGGACUGAGAUGAGGGAUGGGGGUGCUGUGGGAUCCGCUUUCAACAUCAGAGUUCCAGUUUAUUGUAUACAAUUGUGACAUUAUAUGUAAAUUCUAUAAAUAUAUCAUUUUUGACAACAUUGUGUCGAUUUGCAGGUGUUUUUAAUUAUUAAUGUUGUCAGUUUGUUCACAACAUGCACAGCUUUUGCUUAAGAUGUAAAUCUCUGCAUGUCGUCAACUCUCAUGUCUGGGGAAAAUCAGUGUUUCUGAAGCAGCAUAAUGAACUAAUUGUGGCUAGUAGAUGCUGGUCAAUGUAUUUGAACUUGAAGAAUCAUUAUGCUAAUAAUAUUAAAUUUUUACAAGUAAAUGAUCAGGUAAUAAAUGUCUUGGCCGUAUUUAUUGCAUAAUGUCUUCUUGUCAACCAAUAUCUAUCUUGACUUAAGAUGUCAUCACAGCAUGUGCAGAAUUAAAUUUACACCGGUAUUUGAACAUGUACCUUCAUUAAUGACUACAACAUCUGGAGAAUUGUCACACUGACAGUAUUUUGGUUUCACACUUUGCAUGGCUGUAUUUCUGCUCAAAUAAGUAAUCGCUAAUGAAAGGCAAUUUGUAAUUGGAUGUGCUUUGCACUAAAAGCAAUUUAUUUUUGUUUUUAAGUUGCUUAGAUGUACUCAAAGCAGAUAUAACUGAGCUUGUGUGGGUAAUGAUAGUUUUGGAUCAAAGGUUUAUAAAGAUAUUUUUCAUGACUGACCUCGAUGGGAAUAGAAUUUGAACAGAUUUUGCAAAUCCUGUUAUCAUGUUCUUAUACAUGUCUGAAAAUGCUCCAACUUGAUCAAGUCUGGCUGCACUUGUGUCUGUUUAAAGUGCUAUGGAGAAUUGUGUAAUAAAUCUGUAUGACUAGA